CUUCAACUACUGAGUAUUUUGUAUUCUUCCAUCCGUCUAUCUCAUCUACAAUAUCAUUUUCAUACAUUUACUAAAAAGCACGAUAAACUUAUAACACUAGUACUCCGAUGGCUUCAUCUCUAUCCCCAUCUCCCUCCACUUCCUCCCCGGAGCCCUUGUUCCCUAAGUUUCUAGACCUCCCACCGGAAAUCCGGCACCAGAUCUGGCGCUUCGCCGUCCCAGUCCCGGGCAUAAACUUCUUCAACGUGCACUGCAUCCCCAACGACCAUCUCGGCGCAAACCGUAGCAAUUCCCCGCCUUGGUUGUACCUAGACCUACGUCGCCUGUCCAUCCACGACUCCGACGACGAGGUGAGCCGGUACGAUCCCUCGGCAUGGCAAGCCCGCGAGACGCUACGUCGCGUGUGCCGCGAGGCCCGGGACUUAUGCGCUCUUUCGAAGUCUGAAACCGCCAACAUCACGCUAACGCGCCCUCGUCAAGGGUUAUUUGUGAUGGCGGGAGACGGCCAGAUAAGGCACAUGACUAUGUUCAGCGUACCGGCGAUGGUCCCCGAGCCGCUAGAGUACCGGACGGUUUCGGUCCGCGCCAACGACGUGCUCUGCCUGUCCGUCGAGAAUUGUAGUUUUAAUAUGCCGUUAGAAGAAGCUGUGAUGUUUGACGACGUGGAAACUUCUACGUUGCUGGGCUGGCCGUAUGACCCGCAGCUGACGCCCAAACUGCCGCUUGCUAUUUCUCAGUCGAGAAUCUGUCUUAGCCUCGCUCGGGGUGAUAGAUCGGCUCUUGCGGCUUCUAGCGAGGUGUUGCGAUGCCUGUUCUCGUUUAGCCACGGCCGGUCGUCAGAACCUACUUCCGAAUCGUUGUCCCUACUCAUGCUUGACGCGUAUAAGCAGGAGCUAGGGAGCCGUCGCGUCGAAGAGCUAACGCCGCGAGACGAAGUGCUUUGGGAUCGUUUCGGAGACCGGUAUAUCGCGCUACCAUGGGACUCGAUCGAGCUUCCUGCCGAGUACCGACUCGUCAAAGUGUGUCCAGAGAAUAAUAACAUUAGGGAGAGAUAUCUACAGUCCGUAAUACUGCGGUCGCCUAAGAGGCCUGUUGGCUACUCAAUGUAGACAUGCGCAAGGAGAAGGGAGAAAUGAAACUAGAAAUUAGGUAGGUAGUAGUUGAAAUAUGACGAUUCCAUAGACUGUCGAUAACGAAAGCAGUAAACCA